AUGGAAUUUGACGAAGCAGCAAAACGCGCCUAUCAUCUUCAAUGGUCAUUCGCCGAGGACGCUAUGAAACAAGGCCUGGAUGUCAUCAUCGACAGUACCUGCAACUUCCAAGAGGUUCUCGAUCAAGGAUCCGCGCUCGCGGAAAAGCACGGCUUCACCUACUGGUACGUCGAGUGUAAGGUCGAGGACAUCGAUCUACUGGAUGAAAGGUUGCGUUCGCGAGACCCGAUGAGGAGUCAGCGAACUGGUGUCGAUUGUCCCCCUGCUGCGGCACGCCAGGCUCGUGCAGGCGAAGACUCUCGCAGUCUCUUCAAGAAAUGGAUCGAGAACCCGUGCCGUCCGAAGCACAACGCCAUUAUCGUGGAUUCAACGGGCAAUCCAGAAAUACAUCGGGACUACAUUUUGAAGCAGAUUGUUGGUCAGCCUCGGUGA